AUGGAGGCGUACCACCAGCGGCUCCAGAAGGAGAUUGAGCGGGUGGAAGGGUUUCUCCAGCAAGCCAACACCGCUAUUGGUGCGCUUGAGUCCCAGGUCGACGAAGCGCAGGCGCUGGACGCGCGCCAGGUGGUGGCGUGGGCCAAAGUGCUCGACACGGUGGGGUACAUCAACUCCAAGGACGACGUCGUCGGCCUCGCCACCACCGCCCACGAAUUGCGCCAGUUGAAGCAAAAACGGCAGGGCCAAUUAAGCUCAGCGAAACAGCUUGCGGCGCUGGUGGUUGUCCCCCCAAAACCCCCACUUUCGUGGAGCGAUGUCGAUGGCGCCAUCCACGCCACAAAUUCCCCCGCCCCGAGUGCGCCCGUCGCACUGAUUCCCGACACCCUCGCCCGAUUACGCAACGACACCGCCGCCAUCGCUGAUGACACAAACGCCGGGUUGCAACGGGCGGUGUCGGCGUAUUUCGAACUCCACGGCGACCACGCUCGUAAACUCGCGCCAGGCGAGAUCGAGUCAGCCGUGGCUGCGGUGGUGGCCUAUCUCCACUUGUUGAUCGGCGGCGGCGUCGUCGCCCCGCUGGACGACCCCUACGUCGAGCAAGUGGUGGAGGAGCUUGAAAUCAGCGGCAUAGUUGCGCUGUCGCCGCGUGGGUAUCGCCUAAUGCUUGGCUAA